AUAUAAAAAAAUACCGAUCACUUAGUUACAAAAGUGAUAUACAGGCGAUCAGUCAGUAGUAAAGCAGUCGCGCUAAUUGGAUUCUAAAGAUUAUUAAGACAAACGUGAUAUUAGAAAAAUGGUUAUCAACUUUGCUGCCGGCCCAGCUAAAUUACCUGAAGAGGUUCUAAAAGAAGUACAGCAAAAUUUGCUAAAUUGCAAUGGCAGUGGAAUUUCAGUAAUGGAAAUGUCUCAUCGUUCUUCAACGUAUGAUAAAAUUCAGAAAGACGCCAUUAACACGUUGAGAGAACUUUUAAAUGUUCCAAAUAACUAUAAGAUAUUGCUUAUGCAAGGCGGAGGUACUGGUCAAUUUGCUGCAGUAGCCAUGAACCUUAUUGGACGUACUGGCACUGCGGACUAUGUUGUAACAGGGUCUUGGUCGUCAAAGGCAGCUAAAGAAGCCACACAAUACGGUAAAGUUAAUUUGGUUUUGCCCAAAUUUGCAAAGUAUACGACAGUUCCUCGAAUGGAUUCUUGGAAUUUGGAUUUAAAUGCUUCGUAUGUCUACUAUUGCGAUAAUGAAACUGUUGAUGGCGUAGAGUUUGACUUUGUUCCCGAAAUACCCAAUGAUGUGCCCCUAGUCUGUGACAUGUCUUCAAACUUCCUAUCCCGCAAGUUUGAUGUAAAACGUUUUGGUGUUAUUUUUGCUGGAGCACAAAAAAAUAUUGGACCCUCAGGAACUACCGUGAUAAUUAUACGUGAAGAUUUAUUGGGUCAUCAAGUCAAGGAAACACCAUCCAUAUUAAAUUUCUCAUUGAUGAAUAAAAAUGACUCCCUAUUAAACACCCCGCCUACUUUUGGAAUCUAUGUUAUGGGUUUAGUAUUUGAGUGGAUCAAGCGUAAUGGUGGCCUCGUAGGUAUGGCCAAAAAUUCUGAUAUCAAAUCUAAACUUAUAUACGAUGUAAUUAACAAAUCGAACGGAUUUUAUUAUUGCCCAGUGGACGCCAAUGUUCGUUCUCGCAUGAAUGUACCUUUUCGUAUUGGAAGUCCUCAGGGCGAUGAAAAUCUCGAAAAGGCUUUCUUGGCAAAAGCCGAAAGUGAAGGCAUGAUUCAACUAAAAGGUCAUCGUUCAGUUGGUGGUAUUCGAGCAUCCUUAUAUAAUGCCGUCACCAUCGAUGAAACUCAAAAAUUAGCAAACCUUAUGUUGGAAUUUUAUGAAAACAAUCGAAAAUAAAACAAAUUCAUAGUCUAUGGUA